AUGAAGCUCGCAGGUUUGAAAUCGAUCGAGAACGCUCAUGAAGAUUCCGUUUGGGCAGCGACUUGGGUUCCGGCGACGGAAGAUAGAUCGGCUUUGCUUCUGACUGGAUCUCUAGACGAGACGGUGAAGUUAUGGAGACCGGACGAGCUAGAUCUUGUUCGGACCAAUACCGGACACUCUUUGGGAGUAGCAGCUGUAGCGGCGCAUCCUUCUGGGAUUAUUGCAGCAUCUUCUUCGCUCGAUUGCUUUGUCCGUGUCUUCGAUGUUGACACUAAUGCCACUAUUUCUGUUUUGGAAGCUCCUCCUUCUGAGGUUUGGGGAUUGCAAUUUGAACCUAAGGGUACCCUCCUUGCUGUCGCAGGGGGAAGUAGUGCCUCGGUCAAGCUUUGGGACACUGCAAGCUGGCGAUUAGUCUCAACUCUAUCAAUUCCACGUCCAGAAGCACCAAAACCUUCUGAUAAAACCAGCAGCAAGAAAUUUGUUCUCUCAGUGGCUUGGUCUCCUAACGGGAAACGACUAGCCUGUGGUUCGAUGGAUGGCACGAUCUGUGUCUUUGAUGUUGACCGCUCAAAGCUUCUUCACCAGCUAGAAGGUCACAACAUGCCUGUAAGGUCCCUUGUGUUCUCCCCUGUAGACCCGAGAGUCCUCUUCUCCGGAUCAGAUGAUGGGCAUGUGAACAUGCACGAUGCAGAAGGGAAAACGCUGGUGGGAUCCAUGUCGGGGCACACGAGCUGGGUGCUGAGCGUUGAUGCUAGUCCAGAAGGUGGAGCCAUAGCAACGGGCUCGAGCGAUAGAACUGUGAAGCUGUGGGAUCUUAAGAUGAGAGCGGCGAUUCAGACAAUGAGCAACCACAAUGACCAGGUUUGGUCUGUGGCGUUUAGACCACCUGGUGGAACCGGUGUCCGGGCUGGUAGACUCGCUAGUGUCUCUGACGACAAGAGUGUAUCGCUCUAUGAUUAUUCAUGA